UUUUUUCAAGCUUGUGCUUGUCAUCCAGUUUUUAUAUGGGCCUACUUCCUUUUCCUCUUCUUCUAAUUUUUGCUUGUUUUUUGUAAGCAAAGACAAAAAUCCAGCAUCAAGAAAGAUGUCGCGUUUCUUGAAAUCUUGGGCAAUGUUGGCCGUCUCGGCAGAGGGCAUCAAGAUUGAGAUGGAGCCUCGUCCGAGUACGGCGGGGGCGGACGAGGCAUUCGGGGAAAUAUUCAGGGAAGAGGAGAGGCUGGCCAACAAGAAGUGCAAUGCACUCGACGCCAAGACGUUUACAGCGGCUUGUGGAGAAGGAGCGACGCCCACGGAUGCCACGAUCGAUGCGGCGGCUCUCCAAAAAGCGCGCAAGAAAUUACAACAAAAUGCGGAACGCCAAAAAUUGCUGGAAGGUGAACCAAUCGCCGAGAACGCUAACAAGAUCAAGGAGAUCGUGCGCAACGGGAUAGUGGAAGAGGCAUGCUGCCGAAAAGAGGUUGUAGCUGCUAAGAGUGGUGGUUGCUGCUAA